AUGCUCCGCCUAGGACGAAAAUACCAGUUCAAAUAUCUGCGCAAAGAAGCCAUUCAUUGUCUCCAGCGAGAAUUUCCAGGAACUCUUGCUUUAUGGGACGAGCGAGAGCCAAACGCACAUAUUGCCGUCGAAGAGUCUUUCCUCUUCAAAGUCGCCUAUCUCGCUCAUGAGAAUUCGAUUCAAUCGAUCCUGCCUAUGAUUUAUCUUGCCAUUCGUGACUCUUAUUUCACCACAGGCAUCAAAAUUGGCUUUUCGAUCAGGAAGACCCAUAGUCUGCGCUUGAACGAGCCCCUUUCCUGCAUCAUCGCCUAUGAAGCGCUCCUCAGCCAGGUCCCGAGCACCAUCCUGCCCUUUCUGCACGAUGGCAAGAUUCCAUCGACGUCCUGUCUCAACCCGACCGCCUGCGACAACGCGAGGAACAAGCUCCUGGCCGACUUAUGGAGGGAUGGUGGGGAUUUUGCGAUCGAGUUUGUAACUCAAUCGUGGACCAAAAACAAGCUUCAAGCUCGUUUCUGCACCAAGUGCGCGUCGUACGUGAAAGGACAGUAUAACAGAGGAAGACAAAAAGUCUGGGAAAUGCUUCCUGUCCUGUUUGGGAUUGACAAACCAGACGUUCCUUGGGACUUGGAAUGCUCGGACGAUGAGAAUGAGGAGGAUAACACUGGCGAAUGA